AUGGACGGCGAGUGGAGCGACGGGGCGGUGUCCGGCGGCGAGCAGAAGGCCAGCGGGGACGGCGUUUCGGCGGACCGCAACAGCCCGGGGUCGCCUUCGCCACCGGCGGUGCCGUCGACUAGCGGGAGGAGGCGAUCGUUGCAGAAGCGAGUGGUGACCGUGCCUCUCGCCGACCUGAACGUCCCGCGGCCCAAGGGCGUCGGCGAGGGCAACACGCCGACCGACUCGUGGGCGUGGCGGAAGUACGGCCAGAAGCCCAUCAAGGGCUCACCCUUCCCAAGGGCUUACUACCGGUGCAGUAGCUCCAAGGGGUGCCCGGCGAGGAAGCAGGUGGAGAGGAGCCAGGCCGACCCGGACACGGUGCUCAUCACCUACUCCUACGAGCACAACCACUCCAGCACGGCGGCGAGGGCGCAGAGCCGCCCGACACCGACACCGAAACCCAGCAAGGAGCGGCCGCUCCCGUCGCCCGAGCCAGCGAAAUCCGACGGCACGCACCAUGGCACCGCCAACGUUGCCGGCGGUCUAGUCACCGCGAGCCCGGCGCCGGCCAUCGAGGUGCACGACGAUUUCCGGUGGCUCUACGACGUCGUGUCGGUCACCUCGUCUACCUCGCCCUCCGAAGUCGAGGCGGCCGACGACAUGCUGCUGUACGGGCCCAUGUUCUUCGGCAAAGCGGUGGUCGAGGUCGACACGCCCGCGCUCCUUCCGGACGAGUUCGGCGGCGAGGCCGUCGGCCGGGAAGGAAGCGAAGAAGACGACGCGAUGUUCGCGGGGCUCGGCGAGCUGCCGGAAUGCGCCAUAGUGUUCCGGCGGCAAUAUGCCCGCGACGGCCUGGCGGCAAUGGCAGGAGGGGUCAAGGUCGAGCAGCCGGCGGAGGGCACUGCCAUGACGUGA